AUGCUUACCUCCACCACACCUCAGACCCCUCGGCUUUCCACCCCGUCAUACCCGCAUGACAAAGGGCGGUUCAAAAUUAUCAUCGCGUACUGGUUGGUUCUUAUAGCUGCGGGACCUGCCUGGUGGGUCCUAACUACAGUCCAACGCCUUCCGUUACCGGAGGUUCGAGUGAAGGAAGCAAGUUCUCAAUCGGUCCGAAUACCCAUUGAUGUCAAUGUCGACGUUACUGACGGGUUAUGUGACGCGACUAUGCUGGCGGCCAAGUUGCAGAUUAGUUGGGACAAAAGUCAUGGUACAGAACUACACGACAUUUGGAAUGUACUAGACGUUCGAAUAGGUGCACUUGGUUCUCAUCGCCCAGAUACGUUCCGUACUACUUACAACGUUACUGUUCGGUAUGGCUAUGACGAUGACCCUGCAAUUGUGCACGACCGUUCCUUUGAAUUAUUCAGCCGCAGUGGAUGUAACGAGCAACUUGUGGGCAAAGUGACCUCAUCUUUGAGAGCUCUUCUGGCGCCACCAACCCAAAACACGGAACUUCGAGUUGCCCAGUAUUCUCCAAAAUAUAGGCUCGCUUUUAGCCUACUCAAUGAAGACGCUGCUUAUGGAGGUGCUAUUUCUGGAUGGUCAGUCGAAACGGCCAUUAAAGAGUACCUACAACCUACCUUGGAUGAACUCAAUAUCCUUCACAACUUUACGAUUGAAAGUCAGGUUCAAUUUUACGCACCUCUGACAACCGAACCGAUUGCGGCUCAAGAUGGUUAUGCCCUCAACCAAGAACAACUUACAAUAUUUGUCAACUCGGCAGAAUGGACGUUGUCUUCGAGUGUCUCGAAUGACCCUGUUUUGCACUUUGUUCUCUUCGUCCCAUCUCUUGCUAGGCGACCGCUGUACAUACAGGAUGUUCAAGGGAAAAUAACCCAGUUUAACUCGUUUCUUCUUCCACAAUGGGGCGGAGUAGCUAUCAUGAAUCCCAAGUCUGACGGAACGGCCAAUUCAGUGUUGACGCUCCAGGACCUUAGACCGAUUUUCCACAUCUUCAGGAAACAACUCGAGGGAUUACUGGGCGUUCCUGUGCUCCCUCCUCCCGUCGGCCUUCAGCUAGAUCGGCAGAUUGAAAAUAUGCCUAUUGGACUGAGCGUGAGGAAUGACAUAUUGAGUGCGCUUGAGGAAUUAUCCCAGACUCACAAUGCUACUCACCCAGCGCAAACGUUGACUCACUCGGCGUUGUCGCUCCAAUUUGCAAGCCGGGCAUUCUUUAAUCCCAGUAUGGUUGGACUUCUAUACUUUCCUGCCGAGCACAAGUAUGCCGUAUACACGCCUCUAUUUGCCCCUAUCGCCGUACCGCUGGUGGUGUCUGUAAUCAGGGAACUGAAGUCUAGACGUAAGGGUGUGGCCUCGACGGGAAGGUCGAGACCCAAGGCCGAGUAG